UCCCCGGUCUUCGUCCAGUGGCUCGAGUGCGUCGCCUGGGUGCUCAGGCAGUUCCCGCGGGCCUUCGAGUUCAGCGAGGCGCUCCUCGUCUUCGUCGCCGACGGCGCGGCGAGCGGCCUCUUCGGCACGUUCCUCGGCGACACGGAGCGCGACCGCAAGUGGGUCAUGCGGUGCCCGAAGCGGACGGUGAGCCUCUGGACCUACGUCCUCAACGCGCCGGCGAAGCCCCACUACCUCAACGCGACGUACCAGGCCUUCCACGGGCCCCUCUGGCCCAGCGCGUCCCAAAAGCGCGCGGCCGUGUGGCACGAGUACUAC